AUGGAGUUACAGGUGGAGAACCAGAGUCAGCCUUUCAACACCAACACCAUGAGGCUGCCUGUUAAACUUUCACUAGGGAUGGGAGUAGAUGACUUUAUUUCUCUUGUGGUAUUUGGACUCAUUUUCAUCCUUGGGGUGCUUGGGAACACCAUGGUGAUCACCGUGCUGGCGCGCAGUAAACCAGGACAACCGAGGAGCACAACCAACAUCUUCAUCCUCAACCUGAGCGUGGCGGACCUGUCCUACCUCCUCUUCUGUGUCCCCUUCCAGUCCACCAUCUACAUGCUCCCCACAUGGGUGCUGGGAGCUUUCAUCUGCAAGUUCAUCCACUACUUCUUCACCGUGUCCAUGCUGGUCAGUAUUUUCACCCUGUCGGCUAUGUCCGUGGAUCGUUACGUGGCCAUCGUCCACGCCAGGAAAUCUUCGUUGAUCCGGAUUGGGAGGCACGCCAUGCUCGGAGUGGUGCUGAUCUGGGUCCUGUCUCUGGUCAUGGCAGCUCCCGUUGCGCACUACCAGAGCAUUGUGGAGAGGGAGGACAACAACACCUUCUGCUGGGAGGUUUGGCCUGAUCAGCAGAGAAAAGUCUACGUGAUGUGCACCUUUGUUUUCGGAUACCUCUUGCCUCUCACUUUGAUAUGUGUCUGCUAUGCAAAGGUUUUAAACCAUCUGCACAAAAAACUGAAGAAUGUCUCCAAAAAAUCAGAGCUCUCCAAAAAGAAGACAGCCCAGACUGUCUUUGUGGUGGUGGUGGUCUUCUGUCUCUCUUGGUUGCCUCAUCACAUUGUCCACCUGUGGGUGGAGUUUGGCUCUUUUCCCCUCAACCAAGCCUCCUUCGUGUUCAGGAUGGUGGCUCACUGCUUGGCUUACAGCAACUCCUCCGUCAACCCCAUCAUUUACGCCUUCCUGUCAGAGAACUUCAGGAACUCCUACAAGCAGGUUUUCUACUGCCGGGCGCCCAGCGAGUAUCCUCUGAACGACACCAGGGACCUCCGCAGCAGAAUGGAGGCAGCGCCAUCCACCAACAUCAGUGUGACUUACAAAGGUCAUGACUCUCAGAUCAGUAAAAUGCUUUGA